AUGCGCUUGAAAGCCUGGUUCCCGCUCAUCGGUGCGCCCCCGUCUGCUCGCUCCAACGACGAAGCCUUCCUCGCCGCGCGACCCGCGCAGACGACCGCCGCGCCCUCGCCGGCGCCCGCCGCCGAGCAGCCCCUCGCCUACACGAGCGAGCGCGCGGAAGUGCGGGCCGCCCGUUGGCUCCUGAGCGCCUACUUAGCCCCCAGCAACGACGACUACCGCGACUGGAUGGAGGGGCGCGCCCCCUACCUCGCCAUCUGCCUCCGUCGCCCUCAAUUCGACGACGUGUUCGACGGCGCCGUCGGCCCCUGCGCGAACGAGACGAAGAAGCUGCUGGGCACCGUGCCCGCCGCCGCUGGCCCACCACCCACGAAGCGCGCGAUGAAGACCCCCGGCUUCCUGCAGUUCUGGCCUGUCCUCGAGACGCUGGCGGGCGCGCGGGCUACGAGCUACCGCGCGCGCGUCGAGCCUUUCAGACACCCGUGCCUCUUCGGCUGCCCGACCAUCGAGAGCAAGAAGAACAUUGACGACGUCGCGCGCUGCAUGCCCGAGCGGAGCGAUGGCGACGCCAUCCCGCGCGCGAUCGCCCGCCUGGCCGCGGCCUUCAAGUCCCGCAACUUCCUCCGCGACCAGAACGGUGUGAACCUCGGCCCGGCCUCCAUCAUUGAGGCCAGGACCCCUGUUCUCCCGCCCUACAACGCCUGCGACAUGAAUGCGGCAGCCAUCGCCGCUGCGCGACGCGCCCUGAGGCUGUGCCCCGAGUGCCCUAUGGAGUGGGUGGAUAUGCAGCCUGUGGAGGAGCGCCGCCGCCGCCUCGCCGUGGAGUCGGCCACGGUGAACGUUGUUACGAAGAAUAGGUCGAUGAUCGUGGACUGUGUCUCAAAGUCGCCCGAGGAGCUGCUCUCAUCCGACUUGAUCGCCCAGCAUGUUCGCAUGGCUCUCGUUGCUCGGGAUCGUGGUGACCCGCCCUCUGUCGAUGUAAAUUCUGGCCUCCACGUGGAUUCUUCUGAGUCUGACGUCGAGUCCCUGCUAGGGAACGAAGAGGUCUGCUCGGUCUGUGGAGGGAUCAAGAGCCAUCAGCUGUCGAAGCUCACGUGCGCCUGCCUCCUGCAGGCCGAUGCGGAGGCCUGCCUGCCCUUCGAGAAGGCGUGCCAGGAGCUCUACGAGGUGCCCAGCGGUAGCCAUGUUGGCGGUUUACCCACUGCUGCCACGAUGGACCUGCUCAACAUGGACGAGAGUGCGCCAGCUGUAACCACUGACAUGUCGAAGCCGAUCGUGCGCACGGAGCUGCCCGAACACAUCGCUUUCGACAUGUCGAGAUGUGAGAAGCAGCCGCUGCCCGCCUCGCUGGCGGCCGGCACCGCGGCGCUCCGCGCUUCGGCCGCAGGCGGCGACUCGCCGACGGGCACCAACGCCCAGGAUGAGCGCGUCGUCCGCGUGAGUGAGCUCUUCCACUUCUGCCACGUCCUGGCCAAUCGCGGCCCUUGCGUCCGAUACAGUCGGGGCGCUAAAGAAGGAACCCUUUUCGCUGGGCUGUCGCCGUCCGCGAUGCCAAGGGACCUUAUGGCGCAAGUCCAGGCUCUGGCAGCGCAGAGCAACGUCUCCCCUGAGCAGCUGUUGUUGGCGGCCCAGCAGCUGGCUGGGCAGCAACCAGCGCUGGCGCAGCCAGCCGCGCAGGCGCCCGGGCCGGCUGCCUGGGCACCCGCUGGCGGCUACCCGCCGUCGCCUCAGGCGACAUCCCCCGGCGCCCUCGCGAGCGGCGCGGCCCCCACCAGCGGCGCCAGCCAGCCGAGGACCGACUGUGUCAACACUCAGCGCGACCACUUUUCAGGGUCUGGACCCGCUGGGGUCGGACGUUCAUGCGGAUGGGAGCUCCGCCGCCGCUCUGCAGAAGCCCAAGGACACGUUCAGCGACCUGGGCCUCCUGUCGGGAGGCUCCUGAGCUAGCUGCAGAUUUCGCCCUCCGCGCGGUCGGGCCGCGCGGCGGCGGCAGCGGGGGGGCCCCAUUUCACCCGAGUCGGAGCGGCCACGCGGCCAUUGCCGAACGGCCACUGCCGAACUGGAGAUCGAAGGGGAAGAUCAUGGUGGUGAAUUUUGCCACAUCAGCCUGGGCGCGUUGCGCUACCAUCGAGACAUGGGUCGCUGGAGAGAGCCGGAUAAUGCGCUUGAGAAGUCUUCCUCGAAGUUGCUAUGCCUGGUGCGUGCACAUUUAUCUAGAGGGUACCUUCUUCGUCCUCAUCCCUCUUCAUCUCGUCGGCAUCCAUAUCCUUGGCUUCCGUGGCGGAGUGCCGCAGCAAGAUUCGCCAUCGUUCUGCAUCUUCACAGCCA